CCCGAGGACUCAGCAGUCAGUGCUGGAGAGGAGGGAGCCGCCAGAUAAACUCUGGUUCACAAGAUCUGGAGACUUUUUUUUAAAGGAAACUUUGGCACUGAUGACUGAGAGGACGGCCGCUGGUGGAGAUGAGUGGAGUGUUACAGCUGGACCAACAUCCCUGCUUUGGGAGCCUUUUACUGUCCUGAGCGUCUGAGAGUUACUGGGGAACUUUGAUCUGAGAGGCACAAAUAUUGGAGGAUAACUACCUCCGUUUGGAGUUAGGCCCACGAAGAGAGGACUACUACAGGGACGUUUUGUUGGAUAAAAGCCAUUUACAGACUCCAGGAUGAAGACUCACCUCCUCUGCUUGGAGUUUCUCCUCUUGGCGGCUCACGUUCUCGUGUCCAGUGGGCAGACAGAGCCGAAGAAACAAGUUCCCUCGAACCCUCUGACGGCCACCCAGAGGCUCGGGCUGGUGGAGAGGGACGUUCAGGGUCCGGUGAGGCCCAACAUCACCAUGCCCCGCCGCCGCCUGCCUCCCAUGUGCACGGGACCCACGGAGAUCCGAGACACCUUCAAGUACAUCAACACCGUGGUGUCCUGCCUGGUGUUUGUCGUCGGUAUUAUCGGCAACUCCACCCUUCUGAGGAUCAUCUAUAAGAACAAGUGCAUGAGAAACGGGCCGAACAUACUGAUCGCCAGCCUGGCACUGGGGGACCUGCUGCACGUCAUCAUCGGCAUUCCCAUUAACGUUUACAAGCUCCUGGCCGAGGAUUGGCCGUUCGGUGUGACUCUGUGCAAACUGGUGCCAUUUGUCCAGAAAUCCUCGGUGGGGAUCACAGUGUUGAGUCUGUGCGCUUUGAGUAUCGACAGGUAUCGAGCCGUGGCCUCGUGGAGUCGUAUCAAAGGGAUCGGAGUUCCAAAAUGGAUGGCUAUCGAGAUUGCUCUCAUCUGGAUAUUAUCCAUCAUCCUGGCAGUGCCAGAGGCAAUAGCCUUCGACAUGAUCACAAUGGACUACAAAGGAGAACACCUGAGAAUCUGCCUGCUGCACCCGAUGCAGAAAACCGACUUCAUGAGGUUUUACAAAUCAGCAAAGGACUGGUGGCUGUUCGGUGCAUAUUUCUGCCUGCCAUUGGCGUGCACUGCUAUUUUCUACACCCUGAUGACCUGUGAGAUGCUGAGGAAGAAGAACGGAGUGCAGAUUGCUCUCAGUGACCAUCUCAAACAGCGGAGGGAGGUAGCCAAGACAGUGUUUUGUCUGGUUCUGGUCUUCGCUCUGUGCUGGCUGCCUCUCCACCUCAGCCGCAUCCUCAAGCUCACCAUCUACGAUGAAAAAGAUCCGAACCGCUGCGAACUGCUCAGUUUCUUUUUGGUGUUGGACUACAUCGGCAUCAACAUGGCGUCGGUCAACUCGUGCAUCAACCCGAUUGCCCUCUACAUGGUCAGCAAGCGCUUCAAGAGCUGCUUCAGGUCCUGUCUGUGCUGCUGGUGCCUGCCGGCGGAGAUGCUAAUGGACGAAAAGCAGUCGUGCAUGAAGCUUAAAGUCACCGACCGAGCCUCCGAACAGAGCCACUCCCGAAUGACCAACAAGUCCUCUACAGCCUGAGGAGAGGCUCGAAGUGAGAAAAGAGAUAGAAGGACAUAAAAAAACUAUAUAUUUUUCUGAUGUAUGACUAAAAGAGGAUGAGGGCCCUUUUCUGCCUCAUCUCCAUCAUAUGAAGUGUCCGUCAGCUCUUUGCAGAUGGAAAACAGCCCUCACAGAAACUCAUUCCAACCCAAGCGCUGCAUGUUCUCCCCGUACGACGAGCCGUGAGCAUCGGCGCACUUCAAUAAGCUGUUUUCUUGGAUAACAAGUGUGAGAUGUGUGAAGAGAAAAAAGACAAACUGUAAAUAAGCAUCAAAUGUGGAGAGCUGAGCUGGGGCAGAGUUCAGCAGUGUUGUGUUAAACUGGGGGGUUGAGGGUUGAUUACCAAAGACAGCCUGUCAGGCACCGCAGCCUGAAUCAUGAAUGUUACUUUGACGCUAUGGAUCUUGUGUUAAGCUCUGCGUUUUAUGGACAAUAUUGGAGUGUUGUUACAUGUUGCAAAUACACACUGCAGCGGCUUGGAAAAGGUUCAGAAGCAACUAAUGCUCUUGUUUUUUGUCGUUUGCGUGUAAAAUGUAUGAAUGUGUCGAGCAUUCCGCAUGCUUUUGCAUACUUUAUCACAUUAAUAUUUUUAAAAGCGUUGUCUCUUUGUGUUUUCCCACUAGUUAUUGAACUACUGAUGUUUGUUUCUAGCUGCGUGACCACCAGCUGUUGUAUUAUAUUGUUCAGUACUGGGCCUGUUACUGAGGUCUUGUUUUAUGACUGUAUUUGCUACUCAUUAUCUUAAUUGGACUCAUUCCCUCAACUGGUUUCAUAAGAGGUAGUUUUUCUUUCAUCGAGUGAAGUAAAUAAAUUGAAAAAUCAGAAAGUA